GACAGUUUGUCGUGGCCGGAAGUAUUACGUUUUCAUGUCCGGGUCAGGCUGUGAUUGUUUGGUGUGUGGCGAAGUUUUUAUAUUUAAGUUUUAGCAUCGUGUUCGUGUUUUGGGGAACCCACAAACAUGACUGAGGACGUGCAGAAGCACUCGGUCCACACGCUAGUGUUUCGCUCUUUGAAAAGGACUCAUGAUAUGUUUGUGUCGGAUCAUGCUAAACCAAUAGCGCUGGACGAACAGAGCUUCAAAAUGAAGAUGGCAGUGAAGAUGAAAACCGAGUACAGACCUGUGUUAGACAUGCCUGUGCUGAAAGAGGGCAGAGACAAAGGGCCACUCCAUGCCUCUGAUCCAUAUGGCUUGCCGCAAUACCCACUGCCUGAUACUAGUCCAGAUUACUUGGUGACGGGAACUCAUCCAUACCCAUCUGCUCCAGGAGUGGCCCUCACUGCAGACACACAGAUGCAGAAGAUGCCCAGUGAAGCAGGUGUUCACUCCAUGGCUUUGGCUCUUCCUCCCUCUCAAGCUAGGCAGGAAGCCAGUCGAACUGCAGCCAGUGUGGCGGAUAUCCACAGACAUGCAGGAGGUGCAGAGAGAUCUCACCCCCCACAACACGCACUGUCUCUUAUGGAAGGAGGCACAAAGAGUUCUGGCCUGGUGCCUAGAAAGGCUCCUACCAUGCCCAAACCUCAGUGGCAUCCACCAUGGAAACUGUACAGAGUCAUCAGUGGCCAUCUGGGCUGGGUGAGAUCUAUAGCAGUGGAGCCUGGAAACCAGUGGUUUGUGACUGGAUCAGCAGACAGAACAAUAAAGAUCUGGGAUCUUGCCAGCGGUAAGCUGAAGUUGUCUCUAACGGGUCACAUCAGCACGGUGAGAGGUGUGGCCGUCAGCACACGCAGCCCUUACCUGUUCUCCUGCGGGGAGGACAAACAGGUUAAAUGCUGGGAUCUAGAGUAUAACAAGGUAAUAAGGCACUAUCACGGUCAUCUGAGUGCAGUCUACGACCUUGACCUCCAUCCUACCAUUGACGUACUGGUGACCUGCAGUCGAGAUGCCACAGCAAGAGUUUGGGACAUCAGGACCAAGGCAAAUGUUCACACCCUUUCUGGACACACCAACACAGUGGCUACAGUCAAAUGUCAAAGUGCCGAGCCACAGGUGAUUACAGGAAGUCAUGACACCACCAUUAGACUCUGGGAUCUGAUCGCUGGCAAGACAAGAGCCACACUGACUAACCACAAAAAGUCUGUCAGAGCGUUGGUGCUCCAUCCCAGGCAGUACACCUUUGCCUCUGGCUCUCCAGAUAACAUUAAGCAGUGGAAGUUUCCUGAUGGGAACUUCAUCCAAAAUCUUUCAGGACACAAUGCCAUUAUCAACACACUGGCUGUCAAUUCAGAUGGUGUUCUGGUGUCAGGAGCUGAUAAUGGAACUAUUCACAUGUGGGACUGGAGGACUGGCUACAACUUCCAGAGGAUUCAUGCAGCUGUGCAGCCCGGUUCUCUGGACAGCGAGUCAGGGAUUUUUGCAUGCGUGUUUGAUCAGUCUGAGAGUCGGCUCAUAACAGCAGAGGCUGACAAAACCAUUAAGGUCUACAAAGAGGAUGAAACGGCUACUGAAGAAUCCCACCCAGUCAAUUGGAAACCUGAGAUCCUGAAGAGAAAAAGAUUUUAGGUUUUUUUUUUU